UGUGUUCCUUUCCACUGCAGAGUCCUCUUGCCCUCGGUUGCGUUUUAUCGCAGUGGCCAGUUCCGGGACAAAACGACAACAAAUGGCCGUAAACAAAGUCGGCUAAACGCUACUGGAAAGCGUGUCUACAGCAUAGGCAAGUGCUUAAUAUUCGGUCGUGUCCUGUUUUACCGUAUAAAACGUGUGGCCAUUCUUAAAGUGUGCAUAGUUCUCGAACACCGUGUCGAAAAGCCUCAAAAACAGUGCUAAGGGUGUGUGUAUUUUGCUUACCAUAAUCGUUGGAUAGCCGUUCAAUGCUAACAUUGCCAACCAGUGCCCAGUGUCCUGCUACAAAUGUGCUUCUAAAAACUUUGUAAUUUAAUGAAUACAAACAUUGCAAGUGUCUCAAAUUUUACACACAGUACAACACUAGCAAUACAAAAUCGCUCAUCAUAGGCUAGCCCAAAAAUUGUGUGCCAUCAUUUACUCCCAAAUCUCGUGUUAUUCCCUGCUUAUGCAGCACUGCGUUAGGGGAGAGCGUUUGUGUUGUGGUAUAGGUGUAGGCGCGCGUGUUUCCUGUACCGUGGGGUGGGUCGGUGCACGAUUGACUUUGCUGUGAUAAAAUAGGAAUGCCUAUAAAUGCGUUUCGUAGUAUUAGUGCAGUGAGUCACAGGCUGCUAGAGAAACGUAUGGAAUUGUGAUGUUUUUGCUACCGGGGGAAUGAAUAUGUAAUGCAAUUUAAUCAACGGAAACGCAGAAAAACCUACCUCAGGGGUGUUGUACACUGCACGGAAAGAUACGAACUAGGGAGAUUUCGUUGUUAAAAGAGUUGAAAACUAGUUUUAGUGAAUUUUGACAAGCAAUAAAUGUUGAGUAACAGUGAAUUGAAAGUGAAUUGAAAAAUAAAAGUACAAAAUCCUUAUACUCAAUGGUAUAAACAUCCUGCGAUUAAGGAACCGAUGUAAUUAGAAAAGAGAUGUAUUUCACUACAUGAACCCUGGUCCUUCAACAUUACAGACCGGUGCAGAGAUAGUCCUGGGCUUCCGAUAACGGCUUCAUUUUACGCAUGGGAAAUUACUGGAAUGCCUUCUGGAUGGCUUUGAAGGGUACCAACACAAAAGAGGAUGUUGGAUGCCGUAGAUGACAACAGGAGUGUAAACCAUGCAUGAAGCUUUAAUAGUGACACAUCUUCAUACGUAGACCUCAUCAAAAGAUACUACACUUUCGAUCCAGGAAAAGAAAACAACAUCAUCCAACGAACCUGGUCGGUGACUCAUCUACUGAGUUCGAUUCAUCCAGCCCAUGCAAACCAACACGUCAUGUGGUCCGGUUAUGAUAGAGGCAGUGGCAAGCUUGAUGCUGCCAGCAACAGUCAACAAGAAACAUUGGCCGAUAUCGAGCACAUUUCCACGAUUGCCGGGUCGCUCGGCAGUAUCGGAACUAUCUCACAGUCCGGUGACGGAGAACCUGUUUACGAGACGGACCACACAGAUCUCAACUCGGAGUACGACGAGGUCGAACUGCGGCGGGAACUUAUGAAGGAUAAAUGGCGUCAAUUAUUCGAUGCGUUCGAUCCCGAAGGAUUUGGCGAAAUUCCCGUGGACGAUUUUGUCGCAGCACUCAAAUCGCCAGAAUUUCUCGCCAACGUUCCGCCUAAUAAACGUGACAUACUGUACGAUCGCGCACUCAAAGCCAAGACCUCCAAGGUGGAGGCAAUCUCUUUCCAGGAUUUCGUGAACGUGAUGAGCGGCAAGCGUUCUCGUAGCUUCAAGUGUGCAGUACAUCAUCGCGAUCGUGAGGUUUGUUCCGAGAACGAUUUUCAUCUGAUAUUCGAGGAUCCGCCACUAUUCCGCAGAAUGGUGCACGUAAUUGCAAUGGAAGUGCUCCCCGAGGAGCGGGAUCGAAAAUAUUAUGCAGACAAUUAUUCAUGCUGUCCGCCUCCGUUAUUUGUGAUACUAGUUACAUUCGUCGAGCUCGGGUUCUUCGUCUACCACUCACUCACGUUAGGUCCAGCGGAUCCGGCGGGCCCGGUUCCGAUCGAUUCGAUGUUCAUUUACCGACCAGACAAGCGGCAGGAAGUGUGGCGAUUUCUAUUCUACAUGGUUCUGCAUGCAGGUUGGUUCCAUCUAGGGUUCAAUCUAAUCAUACAACUCCUCGUUGGGCUACCAUUGGAGAUGGUACACGGAUCAACGAGGAUAGGUUGUGUUUAUCUGGCGGGAGUACUGGCCGGUUCGUUAGGGACGAGCGUAUUCGACCCGGAAGUGUACCUCGUUGGUGCAAGCGGUGGUGUGUAUGCCCUGCUCGCUGCCCAUUUAGCCAAUGUAAUGCUAAAUUACCGCAAUAUGCAGUAUGGCAUCCUGCGGCUACUAGCGAUAUUCCUAUUUGCGUCCUGUGAUGUAGGUUUCGCCAUCUACUCCCGGUACUCGGUGGAACCGGCCAGUGGGGCACCGUCGGUAUCGUACGUGGCGCAUCUGACGGGGGCCCUGGCUGGGCUCACGAUUGGGCUGCUGGUGCUGAAAAACUUCGAACAGAAGUUGCACGAACAGCUCCUCUGGUGGGUGGCACUCGGGGUGUACGCCGCCUGCACCAUCUUCGCCAUCGUGUUCAACCUGCUCAACACCGUCACCGUCCAGAGGCUAGAGGAGGAAAGUGAAGAGGUAUUCAAACAACAUCUAUUCACCAACUUCGGCUUCUAGUUUGUAUAUGUACAUGUGCGUGUGUGUGGUAGUAUGUGUGUGAGGGAGAUUGUGUGCGCACAGGAGAGUGCAAAAGCCAACCGGGACACCUUGAUCGACCCUAGGACCUCCCAUUCCUUCCAGUAACGGCAGUGCCGUUAGCCACGUAUCCCAUCCGGCACUGUGUAACACUCGAAAAGUGCGUUCUAAACGCCACCUACCGUUCCCACCUGUGCUUCUGAUCGUCGUUAAACGAGCAUAUAUUCUGUCCACAGUCGAUGAAACGGUCUAUCCUCCCGGAUUGUGGAAUGUCCCAUAAUAUACACACACACACACGCACACGUGCACACUGACGCAUAUACAUACUUCAUCGUGCGCCUCUGGUAGGUGAUGAUGGGGUGUAACCUACAGUAACGUCCAAAGAGCCAUCUGUGCGUGUACACUAAGAAGUGAAAGGGUCCUUUGACCGCGCCUCCACUUGCUUGCCUUUGACGAGAACGGGCCACAGCACUGACAGGCCGUAGACACGGGUAUAUUACACAUACACACGCGUACAUGUGCGAACAUUGUCUAUCAUGCUGCAUCGGACAGUGCUGCUCCUUUCUUUUUCGACCCUGCGCGCGAAUAACUCAACACCUCAGCGAGAAAGAGAGAGAGAGAGAGAGAGAAAGCAGAAGGAGGGAAGUGCCCAACUAAAUGUGAUUGUACAUAGACUUUAUAUUUUAUUGAUAACCCUACGCCCACGGUACGCGGGAAACGAUGCAGCGCAAAGGAUCGCACCCGUCGUACUUGCAACUGCAACUCUUGCUGCGUUUGCUUGGGUGUGUAGUAUGUACGUGAACAUUCUGGAGAGCAGAGUGCGUCAAAGGAAGCAAAACUUGCGGUCAGUGAAAAUGAUAGAACAAUUCCUAACUAAUACCAGUAUACCAAAGACUGCGCAGGGAGAAACACGAUGAGGCAAGUAACCCGCAUGCACGCUGGUUUUUGUCUUCGUUUUCCCUGCUUUCGAAUAUCCGAUCGUCGUCGUUCCUUCUUCAAAAUCAGCACCAACGGUCAUCCGCACGCGUGCACGCGCACUUCCUCGUCGCUGUCGCUUCAUCCAUCAAUUGAGCAACGAGACAUAGAAGUAGAGCAGUUAGCUGCACUCCUCCAUCACACGAUACAUCACUCUCGUUAUCAUCAUGUUGAGUUCCUUUUUCACCUUAUUACAUAACUAAAACAAACUGCCAAACGACAAAUGCAAAUGUAGAGGGAUCGACGAGUGGGGUGGUUCGGUUCCACACAGCCAGUUGAGUGGCACCGACUCGUGCGACGCCUUUUGUAGUGAAUUAUUUUUAUGGACUGCAGUGUUCAAACUGCCUGAAGAAAGUAUGAGUACGGUGUAGCGGCUGUAUAGUAUUCAACACAAUCAACAACCGUCCGUGUUUGUCAUGGAAGGAGAGGGGAGUGCUGGAAGGAUAGGGAGCGUAUACACAUCACUGCCGCGCUGAGUAAAACAUUUAGUAGUACCCGCAGCCUUCGUCUUUCUUCAAGUUUGAAUGUAGCCGUAAAGCCAAAUGAAAUAGAAAUUAAAUACCGUUUAGUGCUGCUCUGUUUGAAUGCUGAAAAAAAAAGUUAGCAAGCCGACACAAAACUCACUCAGGGGUUACUAUGAACUCUUCUUGGACACCUAAAAAAAGACACAACACCUGUAAACCGUACGAUAUAGCAGCCAGAACAAUAAGUAACGAAACUAAAACAAAACAAAAAAACGGCGGUGAUCGAACGAAGUUUUGCGUGUCACGUGAACAUUAUUUAUUAUUUCGAAAUAAAAUUGGCUUUUUAAAAAAAGAAGGUCUAGUGUUAACGACUAGCUAGUGUGCUCUAGUAGUUGCUAGUACAAUAGGAAGCGAAUAAACAAGAAUUACGUGUGAGGAGGGAAGAUUCCGUGUGUGUGUCUGUAUGCUGUGGAAAGGAGUUGGACAAUCGAAUGGACGAAAAAGUUAAGGGCUUUCGAAAGGUUAGUGUGUUGCGUUCCGAUCGCGCAGUGUGUGGGUGCGUGUGCUAUUAGACGGAAGAACGAAAGACUAAUCCGCAGAGUGUGACAAAGAUUUAGCGUAGCAGAAAUGGACGAACCAACGAGCGAAGCGAUUGGAAAAUCGACGAACAGAACAUAAAAGAAAACAAGAUAAGAUAAUAUUCUACAAUACGGAAAUCACCAAGUCUAGUCAAAUCUCUACGGAAAUAUUCUAAUUAUUGUAUUGUAUUCUAGUUAUUAUUAUUAUAUUAUUAUUAUUAUAUUAUUAUAAUUAUUAUUAAUAUUAUUAUUAUAUUAUUAUUAUUAAAUUACAUUAAAUUAACUUCAGCUCUUUUGCCUGUCGCAUCGAAAAGAGCGAACUUCGGGUGAAGAAAUACUGCUACAGAACAAUGUAUAGGAGGAAAAGAAACAGCAAAUAAAUCAAAAUGCGCGCUAAAUCAUGGCAAAACCACCAAAACCUCACCAUCAAACUAAAGAACGAAAAGAUCCAAAAUAAAUUCUCAUCUCUGUUUCGAGUAGUGAUGUGCAAGUGGGGAUUGAUGGCAAUCGAAAGCUAGAGUGAAAGCAAAAAAACACACAUAUACAUAUAACCAUGGCAAUUAAGAAACGCACGAGCCCCCGAACGAAUCGACGAAGAGGGGUAAAAAUCACAUCACUGAACGCAGCCAAUUCAAGUCAUUGCAUAACAAAGAGAGCAAACAAACUCAGAUACUUGGCACAAAGACGGUGUUGUUGGUGCUAUCGGUAUCCAAAAAAUACUGUAUAAAUUAAUUUAUUUAUUGCACUCGGUUAUAUUCUGUUUUCCCUUUCGUUUCACAUUCGGUGUGGCGGUUGAGUGAAGCUUAGCUUCGUAAUUAACCUAUUACAGCAUAUACCAACCUCAUAACCACCAAAAGCACCUUAAGCCGGAGGUGUGUAGCUUUUUUUAAUAAUCCACGCGACAGGUAAAACGAUCUCACUAAUUAAAUGAAGCCCGAAAAUCCGAAUCAUUACUGCAACAUCCCUCUCAUCAUCACACAUCACUAGAAAGAGUAGAAAGGGAGAGAAAUGUCUAUGUGGCCAAGGUUUGUACUGUUAGGUUGAUGUGAAUCAUUCAAACAGUUUCCUGGCGGAGCAAAACCCCUUCGCCUGCAAUAGAACCACAAUGUAGAAUACUAUUUCAAUCUAGUUUGAUUUUCGUUCUAUUUUCAAAGGACAGACACACCAAAGAUUAAUAUGAAGACAAAGAGAAGAAUGAUUGCAAGGUGAAAGGCUAGAAUCGAAUCGAAUAUGAAUGCAAAAACAACAGAGAGGAGGGUGUUGGUUCGAUGGGAAAAAAUAUUUAUUUUUGUUUAAACAACUUGGUUGCAAUCAGUAUCAGCAAACACAGUGUGGGCGCAAGUUUUGUAUACGCUAUAAAGCGUUUCUUAUGCGUUUUUUAUACUUCGAUCCUGGAUUUCUAUCUUGUUUCGGUUGUCCAACUAACUAAUAAUUGUGUGAUUGGGAAAAGGUAGGAAAAACUCCCGUCCAGCAAAUUCCACUUGACAUUAAAUAAAGUAAAAACAAAACCCAUUUCCCGUUUACAUCACUCCAUACCAAAAUGGCCUUCAAUGGAAAAGUAUACAUGAAGCAAUCUUCCAUGUAACAAAACUAAUAGACAAAAUAAUAAUGAAAAGUUAGUUGCAACACCAGCUAAAUUAAAAUUAGUACAAGCACAAAACAAAACACAACAAAAUCAAUCUACUCGCAAUCACACCAACAUUCAACUGCGCCUGAAAUUGAUCUCGUUCGAGCGAGAUUUUUAUUGGUAAAAAUAAAACGAUAGUAGAGGAUACACCUAUAAACGACGACCCCACACACACACUCACACCACAGUGAGGGACUGAGGUGAGAAUUUUGUAAUUAGUCACAAAACAGAAUUCAAAGUAAGCAACAAGAACUUAUACCAAUGGAAAAUGGUGCAUAGAAGGCGUUUUUUUUUCAAGAAAAUAAUAAACAAAAGCAAAUUCAUUGUAAAACAUCA